AUCCAUUCGUAAUUACAAUUUAAUUAUUUAUCCGUCAUGAUGAACGAAGUGCAAACAAUAAAAACCUUCUUUGAUUCGCAUCAAGUGCUUCUAUCCUUGGAAUGGCUUGAAAGUUGUAUUCAGUGGUGUAGAUCUGAACUCUUAGGACCUAAUUACGCGAUUACCGAUUUGCAGUUUAAAGUUUACGAACAAUGGUUGCUGCUGGACUUAAGAGAAGUAGAAUUAAAGGCUCUUCCCCCAAAUAUUUCGACCCAAAAGAAGUAUACAUUAAAUGGAAUAUAUUCCUUGCAAGUUAUAAAGAUUGUGGACAUAUCAAAGCCAAAGUUAUGGCAAAUACAAAAAAUUAGAAAUACCAAUGCGUUGUCAAGAAAUCAAGAGAAGGAUAAUGAGGAGGCUGGUAUAGGAAAAAGGGUUCUAUUGGUCACAAUGACAGAUGGAGUGCAAGAAAUCGAAGGUAUGGAAUAUAAACCGUUGCCGGCGCUGAACAUAAACAGUAGGCCUGGCAUAAAGGUAAGGUUAAUGGGGCCUAUAACGGUGAGGAGAGGUCGGUUGAUGUUGGAGCCGCAGCAUAUUAAAGUUCUUGGUGGAGAGGUGGAGGAAAUUGUUGUUUCCAACGCUGCAGAAAAUAUUUUGGCCAGGGCUUUGGGGUUGCCGGAAAAUCCUACACCAACUGUUAUAGAUGAGAGUAUUCUUACCGCUAAUACUGAUAUAUUCAAUCAAAGUGCCAACAAAAAUACUCCUAAACCUUUUACAGCAACUAAUUUUAAUAAAACAAACACUAAUAUACCCAAGAAUACUUCAAACCAGAAGAAAAUUGAGGAUGAUUUUCCCAAUGAUGCUGAAAUGAACGAUUUUAUGCUUGAUCAAGAAAUGGAUAUGUUAAUGGAGGCUGAAAGGGACAUGGAAAGGAGCACCAAAACUAAAAUACCACCACAAAGAAAAGUUAAGACACCAGACAUGUUUGAUGAUGAUUUUGAAGAUUUCAAUGAAGAAGAGAUAAUAAAAAACGCCAUCAAAAUCAAAACAAGUCAAAAAUCAACAAAAACACCUCAAAAACAAACUAAAACAACUAAAAAACCUGCACAACUGUCACAAACUCUACAAGAAGAAAUCCAAAACAAUUUCGACGAUCUGAACGACCUCUUUGAUGACGUUUUCGGUGAUUUUAACAUUGAUGUUCACCUGGACCAAGCUGAAAUUUUAAAUAUAAAAAAACUGCACGAAUUCUUUAGGGACAAAAAGUUUGGCACUUUCAAGGUUAAAGCCAAGUUUAAUUCCAUUGUGAAGAAGUUAACUGUAGCAAAUGACGAGCUGCACUUGGUCAUCAAAAUUGAGGAUUCAACAGGUGACAUCUCAGUCAGGGUGCAUAGUAAAAUAAUUGCAGGAUUUGCUGGCUAUACUCCUGCAGCUUUUAUGGCUUUAAAGGAGAAUGUCACCAAGAAGGAUGAAAGUGCAACUUUAAAAGUCAUUAAGGCUCUAAAAGAAAUAAAAAAUAAACUGAUCAAGUUGGAGGGUACUUUAGAAAUUAAAUUAGAAAAUAAUGUGACUGAUCCAAUUUUAAUAGAAAUUUUAUAGGGUAAGAAUUUUAAAUACCAGAUUGUGUUUGUAUUUCCCUUUAAUUUAUUUAUGUUAAAAGAUCUGUUCAUAGGCAAGUUUAAAUGUUGUACAUAGAGUUUGUUUAUAUUUUUA